CUUCUACAACACUACAACAAACUCUGAUCAAACUCUUGGAAAACUUAUUUAACUUAAUGUUUUAAUGAGUGAAGUGGAGGUUGAGCGUCCGGAUGGAGGGUAAAGUCAUCGGUCCGGGUCCGUACCGGGCCACGAAGCUGUGGAAUGAAACCAUCAAACUGUUCCGUGGAGGGAUGCCGCUGAGGCGCCACUGGGCACACUUCCGCUACUAUGACUGCAGUUUCACAGGAUCCGAGGCCGUGGAUUAUCUGCACGAACUGCUGCGCAAAAACUACAACUUUGGGCCGGAGGUAACUCGCUACCAGACUCUGCAGCUGCUAAGGAAGUUCCUGAAAGCCCACGUCAUCGAAGAUAUCAAGGGGCGUCACGGGACAGAGGACUUUGAGGACAGCGGUCAUCUGUACAGGUUCCCCACACAGUCGCCCCUCAAGUCAUUUCCUACAAAGUCUUUGUUGCGAGACAGCGGAGACUUACCCCGACUCAUCCGCUGGGAUGACUAUGAAGAAUUACCGCUGCAGGAAAACAUGGCUCCUGUGAAGUCUGUCCUGACGUCAGAUCUGUGGAAUAAAAGACACAGCGUUGCUAUUGGCGACGUACAUGAAUGCAAACUGAUCCGCAGGAAGGAGGUCACGCCAAAACAAGUGGAUCACAUCUGGAAGUCCAUGACAGUGGCCCAUUUACAGGACGCCCUGGGCCUGAAGACUCUGGAAGGCGUCUUAAACCCAGAACUCGUCAAUGGUAAACAUAUCGUUCAUAAUGUGUUCAGUGUUAAUAAAACGGGCAUCGUCGUACUGGAGAAUAAAGCAGAGGACAUGCCUUAUUGGGUUAUAUCAGCUAUGAAAUGUCUCGCCAACUGGCCCAACGGUAACGGGUCCAAACAGCCCGUGUACCCGGGGUUUGAGAGGGACGUUCUGAAGACGGUGGCCGACUACUUCCAAAGACUCAAACAGCCCCUCCUGACGUUUCAUCUGUAUGAAGUCUUCGUCAACAUCCUCAGUCUGCUGCAGGAUCAGGAGGUGGCCACUGAAGCUCUGCGGGUCAGCUGUCUGUUACUGCCCCCCCCCAACCGGAGACGCCUCCAGCUCCUUCUGCGUCUCAUGGCCCGGGUCUGCCAGAACCCCCACCUGCCUCCGCUCAACGACACCAUCCCCACCCGAACACUGAUGAUCCAGAUGUUCUCACACUGCGUCCUCAGCUCAGUCGACGACAUGGACCUGGACGAGCUGCUGUCCACCAAACUGGUCACCUUCAUGAUGGACCAUUACGUCACCAUUUUCCAAGUCCCUCCGAAGCUUCGGAGCCAAGUGGAGGAACACAUGUCUCACCUUCGAAGAGUUCAGAUCAAAUACGCCGGCUCCGACACAGACUUCAGCUCGUCUCCAGCCUUCUGUAAACACAUCAGCAGGGUCGACUCUGAAGAGCAGAAGGUCAUCGGUACUCAGACGCCACUACAGGAGCUGCUGGAAGGUCUGAUUGCAGACAAAGAGCUGCCGGCCAAGGACAAGAGGAAGAGACUCAAACAGUUUGAGAAGUCGUACCCAGAAGUCUACCAACAUCGGUUUCCCACCGAGGAGAGCAAAGCUGCUGUUAUACCCGAGAAAACGCCAAGAAUCAAACCUCAUCUCAUGUUCUUCAACCUCAAGAAACCGUUCCAGCCGUUCCAGAGGAGCUGGAGUUUCAGAGCGUAACGUUCCACUACUGACACAAGAAACUGGAAACACGACGACGACCUCACAGAUGACAGGAGGAGACGCAGAAGUCCUGGUUUGACGCUUCACCCAUACACAUGUGGACAAAAGUAUGUGGAUGCUUUGAAUUCAGAGAUGGUUUGUACUGAAUUUAUAUCAACAUUUUAAUCCAUGAUCUGAUUUUAGAUGUUUUUCCUCUAAAUUUCAAAAAUAUUUUUCCUGCUCUGACUGUAAAUAAUAAUUUUCUUCCGCAACUACCCAUCUACUUAUUGAAAUAUUGAUGUUUCUGUGUCCUCAUGAACAGUACAUCUUACAGCUGAAGACAUGAUGUGUCCCAGUGUUUUAU